AUGGAGUGCGAUAUGCGCUCCCCACGAGACCUGCUGAAUGCCAUUAAGGGCUCUCUAGGUCAGAACCUGUUGGAUGAAGGCUUCUUGAGUUCCCACCACCGACGAGGCCGAAGUUUCCCUCAGCAAACCCCAAUGAACUGUGCAGAUGGGGCGUUUCAGGAACACCCACAGUUGCUGCCUCGGAUAAGCUUGGUGGGUACAUCGGAAGCACGGUACAUCUACCAGGCCGUCAGGGUGGUGAAAGAGGAUAGGGAUGAAGCAUGUUUGGCAAACUUCACCAAUGUACAUGUGUACUUUGGGUGCGUCAACCAAGCGACCUGCAAAGAUCAGCUGAUGCGACAGCCAAACACCAGACCAAAGUGCAGCGCUGUCGUGGCUGAAGUUGUGCAAGCGGCGCAAAGAAAGGAGAAGUGCUUGGUGAUGGUCAGCCGUCGCACUGGGUAUGCUGCAAUGUUGAACUUGCUGGAGGAAGCUGCUGCGAAGAACAGGUUUCGAGUGGCUCAAUAUGGCAAGCUUACUGACUUCAAUGACAGUUCCAACUGUCAUGGGGAACGGUACCUGGUGAUGCUGUUAGACUCAGACAAAAGCAGCGAAAGCGUAGAGCUGAAGUGUGUGCGGCGAGCACUUUACUUGGAUGUCCCCUGCAGCUUUGUUGCUUUCAAGCAACGAUGUGGGCGCGUGGUCCGAUGUGGCUCGCACGACGAUCUUCCUUGCGCCCAGAGAUCCGUGAAGUUUGUGUUUUUCACCGCCACGUUCUCGCAGCAUAUGCAAACUGAACUCGGUGCCUUUGCAGUGCGGGCUUUGUGUGGCCAUUGGCAUGGCCCGAAGAAGGUCAACUACAGCACAGAGCCAGAACCAACAGGUUUGUUGGCAGUCGUGGAAAAAUUUGUGAAACGUGCGACGCGCAAGAACAUCAACAAUUUGCGCCAGCUUCGAUCUCGCCUUCGGAACAACGCGGUGCUUUUCGACAAGGUGACCGAGGACCGCAAGCUGAAGCAGCGCUUGGAAGCAGGCCUGGAUGCAGUCGAAUCUGCUUCGUCGGAAGAGCUGGAGGAGAUUCAGGAUCUUGCGCAGACCAAAACGAUUGAUGAGAGGCGCUUGGAGUCCUUGAUGGCUGAAGCCGCUGAGAUGGCACCUGCUCUGGCGAUGAUUCGCUGCCAUGCCAUUGAUGCAGGCCUUUAUCACUAG